AUGGAUAUCUCAGGUAUUGCUUUGGUUACUGGAGCAGGCUCUGGUAUUGGCAAAGCCUGUGCUUUGACAUACGCAAGAGACGGCUGUGCAGGUCUGGCAUUGCUGGACAUCAAUCAAGACGGCCUGCUAGCAACCAAGAAAGAAAUCGAAGAAAAAGCCUACACACCAGGCGGAAAGCCGCUUCGAGUUGAAACCUAUGUUCUCGAUGUCGCCGACGAAGACCAAGUCAACCAAACUUUCGACAAGGUCGUCAAUGCCUUCGGCCGAGUCGAUUACGUUGCUAGCGCCGCCGGUCUUGCAUUCAAACAUAAAGGCGGCAUCGCUUACGCAAAGACAGAAGACUGGAAGCGUGUCACGGACGUGAACAUUAAUGGAGCAUUCUUUGUUUUGAGGGCAGCUACCAAACAGAUGCUGCAGCAAGAGUGCAUCCUAUCAGUCAUAGACGGUCGUCCAUUGCAACGCGGCUCGAUCGUCAACUUCGGCUCUAUUCAGGGACACAUUGCAACGCCUCUAUCUACAUCUUAUGUUGCAUCGAAGCACGCUAUCAUCGGUCUGACCAAGACAGCAUCGGAGGACUACGCGAAAGAUGGUAUUCGAAUCAACGCCAUUUGUCCGGGUUAUACCUACACCCCGAUGACACUGAACUCACCUGAAAUUCAGAAAGUCAUGGAGGAGAAGGUUGCAGUUAUGACUCCAAUGGGAAGAGCUGCUAUGGCUCAGGAGAUUGCCGACGGUGUUAUCUAUCUCUCAGGGGGCCGCAGCUCAUAUGUGACUGGAACCUCUCUCUUCGUUGAUGGAGGCUACAUGCAGCGAUAG